GUUGUUAUUUCUCGACAUCCAGUAAAUGUUCUGAACGUUUUAUCGGUAGUAUUGCAACACAAAUAUACGCAUUGCAGGCGAGUCUGAAAGAAUAAGAAGAUGGUUAUAUCUUGAUCCAUUAUACAUAAUAAAAAUGGCUGUAAAUGAACCACCUUGUCUUACAGUAGGUACAGAUGUGAGUGCCAAAUAUAAAGGUGCAUUCUGUGAAGCGAAAGUUAAGAAAGUUAACAAAUUAUUAAAAGUAAAGGUCAUAUUAAAAGAAUGUCAUAGUGCAUUACUUGUUACAGAUGAAAACGUGAAUGGACAUUUAGUUGUUGGUGGAGGUGUUUCAGUUAAACAGCCUAGCAAUGGACAAAUGGUUGAAGGUAUCAUCAAUAAGAUUACUGAUUCAAGCAUGUAUACUGUUGUAUUUGAUGAUGGAGAUGAAGCAACACUAAGAAGAAGUCAAUUGUGUUUGAAGGGAGAUAAACAUUUUACUGAGAGCGAAACAUUAGACAACUUACCACUGUCUCAUCCAGAACAUUUUGGAACUCCAGUUCUACAGAAGAAAAAGAAAAAACAUUCUUGUUCAGGCAAUGAAACCGAAUCUGAUUUGGAUAGUGAUACAGAUGACAGCAUUCCUCGACGUCAGAAUUACAGAGGACGACGACAGGAUUUAGUUGGAAAGGUCAUGUUAAUAGAAAACCUAGAGAGAAAAAAGGGUGGUUUGCUUGCUGUGCCUGUACUUGUUGUUCUACCAGAUGCUCAUGAUCUUGAUUUACGUACAAAAGAACACAUUCUGGUGAAGUCAUUUAAAGAUAAUAAAUUUUCUUCUGUGGUUAGGAAAGAACUCAAAGAAUUUAAUAGAGAUAUAGCCCUAAAAAAUGAAACCACAUCUUUGAAGAAUGCGAUGGAAAAAGCUUUGAAUUAUUUUGAGCACAAAUCAUUGCCAGCUUCAUGGAAGAGAGAAGAAUUACUUGGUUCAGAAGAGGACAUUGAAGAAGAUGAGUCAUCUGAUGACGAACAGAAUGAAGAAAAGGACAGAUUUGUUGCCCAACUAUACAAGUUUAUGGAUGACAGAGGCACACCAAUUAACAAAGGUCCUUUAGUAGGCAUGCAUGAUCUGAAUUUAUACAGACUUUUCAAAUUAGUACAAAAUUUUGGUGGAUAUAAUAAAGUUACUAAUUUGGAUAAAUGGAGAAUGGUGUAUAAUAAAAUGGGAUUGCCUGCAUCAAACCUUGCUGGUAGCCAAAUGAGGAAUGCAUACAAAAAGUACCUACAUGCUUUUGAAGACUUCUAUCGAAAAUUGGGAAGUACAAUGGGAACUUUAAGUCGUCCGGGAAGACAAAGAAACCAUUCAGGAAGAAACAUUCUAUCCUUCCGCGGACGUGAAAAAGAAAAGACAAACAAUCCCCGACUGAAAAUAGUAGAGGUUUAUGAAUCAAAUAAAGACAAAUCUAAAACUGUCAAUUUACAUGAUGAAUCUGACACUGACUCUUUUAGAAAUGAAUCUGAUACAGAGAUUUCUAAAAGAUCUAUUAGUAGGAGAGAUAAAGAGAGAUUAAAUAAGGAAGACAGUAAGGAAGUAAGAGCAGAACGAGAUAAAAGAGGAAAACUUGAAGAGGAUGAGAAACGCUGUACACGAAGUGACAAGGAUGAAGAUCAUUGCAACUUAAAAGAUGAAAAGGUACAGUCCAGAAAAGAAGAUAAUAAAUCGGAUGAAAAGAGUAAAGAAGAAAGUAUUGAGGAUUCAACAAAGAAGAGGAUUACUAGACGCAAAUCUGGCCGUGGAGAAGAAUGUAGGAAAGAUGAUGAACAGAGUGAAAUAGAAGAAAAAGAAGCUAAGAAAAAAUUCAAAACUGACAAAGAGAAAGAUGAAAAGAAAGAUAAUGACAAAAAACAAACAAGAAAAGAUGCAAAAGAAAAACGAUUGGCUAUUCAAGAUUCAUAUUUUGAACAAGAAGUUAAAGAUGAUUAUUACUCUGUUAAAGACGAAAUAUUGCUUGGAGCUAAACGAGAAGAAUCUGGAGAAGAAGAUUCUGAAGAAAGUGAAAAAACAGAUGAUGAAGAGAAACGCAAAAGUCUGCCAUUUGGCACCAAAGUUAAAGUAAAAUAUGGCCGUGGAAAAAAUAUAAAACUUUAUGAAGCAAAGGUAGUUGAAGCAAGUAAAGAUGGCGGACAGAAAACAUACCUAGUUCAUUAUGCAGGAUGGAAUAAUAGAUAUGAUGAAUGGAUAAAACGGGAAAGGAUUGUGAGUAUAAUGGACAGAUCUGGUUCUACAAAGAGGUCUUUUAAGAAAUCUCCAGAUGUUGGCAUCUCUCCCAGAUGUUUUUUGAAGCAACAGUUAAAUAAUCAAAUACAAAAAAAAAGGGGACGUCCUACUACAAGUACUGCUAUUUCUCAGGAGUUCAGAAUUCCACAAGCUAAACCAUCAGUUUCUGCAGGUCAAGGUAAAGGUCGCCCAACAAGGUCGAAUAGUGUUGAACUGAAGACUGCUGAAAUUUUGCCUUUCAAAUUGAGGCAAACCAGAAAAAAUUCAGGAACUACAGAUAACAGUGAUAUUCAGUUUAGAGAAAGUGAUGAAAGCAUUGGUUCAGAUGAUGAGCCAGAAACAGAUGACAAACCUCCAUGCUUAUCUGAAAGUAAGUCAAUGCUUAAAACACUUGAAGGAUAUAUGCCUGAAUCAGGACUGGAGACAACCUUAGAAGAAGCUCCUCAAUUGGAAGCUGUUAUAUCGUUUGAAGAAUUAAUGAAAGAAACACUUUUGCCAUUUCAUGAUAAUCCUGAAAAUAAAUCAUUGUAUGAAUCAGUUAUUGAAGAAGACGGUUUAGAAAGCAUUGAAGAAAAAGGUUCUUGUGUUCACAACAAUGAAUAUUCAAAGAAAGAAACUGUUAAAGAUACCCAAGAGAAGUCAAAAGAAAGCACCAAAGAAUCUAAUGAGAAAACAAAAGAAGUGGAAAUGAUGAAAGAAAUCAAAGAAGCAAAAGCUAAAGAAGGGAAAGAUGUCUUUGGUCUGCUUUAUUCUGAAAAUAAGUCCAUAGAAGUCAUCAAAACUGUUUCAAUAUAUGAUUUUGUUGAAGAUACAGAGUUCGCCAGCAAUUUUACUAUUGAUGAGAAAAUGUUGGAGAAGAAAGAUACAAGCGAUUACGACCUUGAUGACAUAUUAAAAGCAGUACUCUCUCCAGAUAACUGUAAAGGUGACAGAGUAGAAGAAAUGAAGUCAGAAUUGGAAAGGGAAACACAAGAACUAGAAAGAAAGAAAAUAGACCUAGAAAAGGGGAAAAAUGAGCUGGAAGAAUUAAUAAAACAAGAUGAAAGACUGGAUAUGAAAAGCAUUCAAGAAGCAGAGAAAAAAGUGAAAGGAAAAAAGAAAGAUCUUAAAGAAAAGCGUGACAUUAAGAGAGGACGUCCUGCUUUAGAACGGCAGCAAGAGGAAUCACAAGGAGCUAAUAAACAGAUGGAUUUCAUGUCAGUUUGUAGUUCAAGAUCUAUUUCCUCAGUACACAUGGUUAAUGAAUGUAUAGAUUCAACAGAUCAAAUCCAUGAAAAGAAGAAAAAUGAAAUAACAGACUCUAAUGUCAAAACAGAAAACAAAAAGGAUUUAACAGAAACAUGUUCUGUGAUUUCCAAGAGAAGCUCAGAUAUUGAAUUAAAAGAUGAUUUAGACCUGAUUGAAAAGAAAAAGCUUAAAAAAAAAAUGAAGAAGAAGAUUUUUGGUGAAAAUUUAAGUGACUCUCCAGAACCCCUUGCAUUUAGUGAUUUGACAAAGGAUAAUUCGGAUCAGUAUAAAGCAGAAGACAAGAAAGAACUUACAGUAUUUAAAUAUGUUCCAAAAGAAAGACUAAUUAAACUAACUAAGAAAUCAAAAGAUCUUGACACAAAAGAUAAGAAUCCAGAAGUAGCCAGUAUAGUAGAAAAAAAAGAUAAAUAUCUCCAGUUUCAUUCUGAAUGUAUGGAAAACAAAAUAAAAAUUACUAAAUUUGGUAUAUCGGAUGAUGUUGAAACAAUGCUUGGUUCUAGUUCAAAAUCAUCCUGUAAUAGUUCUAGCAUAGAAACAUCAGAAUUGAACAAUGCUGAUCUGAUUAAAUCUUGCCCUAUGUAUUUAGAGGAACCUAAGGUUGCUAAUGUUAUCAAACAAGAAACACCAGAACAGAGAAAACAUAAUGAUAUUACUAAUACAUGCACCAGAACAGAACUUACUACCAAGCCUCCGGAAGUCAUCUUGAUGAGUACAGCUGACCAAGCCUCAAACUGUGGUGCAGAAUCCCCUGGUACUGGUGGAAAAUUAAUAGAAGAAACAGAAAGUAGUGUGAUACCUAGUUCUGAAAAUAGCAUUGAUAUAGAGGUCACAUGCAUUAAACGGAAGAAUGAAACUGAUGAUCAGUCACCUACAAAAAAAUACAAAAGAAGGUCAAGUAAUAAGAAUACUAAAUACAAUGAAAAAAAAAAAAUGGGAUUCACAGGAAGUGACAGUGAAGAUGCCAUCUUGAAUAAACUACCAAGUCCACCACAUAUUACAUGUUGUUCUCCAUCAAAACAUUCUGAUAUGCCACAUCCUGCACGAUUAUGUCGCCCAUCCAAAUAUAACUUUAUCAAUCUUGGUGAGGGAAUUUUAUUAGAAGGUGAACAAAAGAUAGAAUUUAUAACUGAGAAAAUGAAAGAAAUCCGUAUGGUAUAUUUUAAACUAAAAGCAGAAGUAGCAUCAAUAGACAAACGUAGAAAGCGGGCUAGGCGUAAGGAAAGGGACAAUUCACAGUUGUAUUUGGAAAAUGAGUGUCUGUGACUGUAUAUUCUGCACCAAUGUGGAGAUAUUGUUAACUUUAUACAGAUUUUAGUCAUCCUAUUCUUAAAUUUAAUGUGCAUUGUUAUAGACCUAGGUACUAAAGUUUUUUUUUAUACACCCACAUUGAAAUGUGGUCAUAUAUUGUUGUCACCCUUGUCCUUCUGUCAUUUAGAGGCUAAAGUUAUUAUCUGAUUGGCUUUAAAUUUAUACCUCAUGAGACUUAACAAGCUGGUUGAUUUUCAAAGAUUUCCGAUAAUUACUACCAGAGUUAUGGCUCUUGAUCACUUUGAAAAAAGUUUGUGGACGCUCUACUGAAUAAAGUUAUUAUCUAAUUGACUUUAAAUUUAUAGACAGCGUCUAUGGUCUCUGAUAAUUACUACCAGAGUACGGCCCUUGAUCACUUAGAUCAAUCUUGUCGAUGCUCUAGAGGCUAAAGUUAUUAUCCGAUUUACUUCAAUUUUAUACACAAGUGUCUAUAGUCACGGGAAAAAAAGCCUAUUGUUUUUCAACGAUUGCGAAACUUGACCCUUAAUUUCUUUGAUAAAUCUUGUGGACACUGUGGAGGCUAGAGUUAUUGUCCAUGCUUUCCGAUAAUUGCUGCCAGAAUUAUGGCCCUUGACCUCUCUGAAAAAUCUUGUGGAUGCUCUAGAGACCAAAGUUAUCAUCCGAAUGACUUCAAUUUUAUACACAAGUGUCUAUAGACACGGGACAAAGAAGCCUAUUGUUUUUUACCGAUUCCGAAACUUGACCCUUAAUCACUUUGAUAAAUCUUGUGGAGGCUAGAGUUAUUGUCCAUGCUUUCUGAUAAUUACUGCCAGAGUUUAGCCCUUGAUCACUUUGAAAAUCUUGUGGACACUCUAGAAGCUAAAGUUAAUAUCUGAUUGACUUUAAAUUUAUACUAAACGUUUGCAUGGGGUAGAACUACAAGCCAAAACAAUUCUAAUGAUUUCUGAUAAUUACUUAAUGGGUUGUUACUCUUAAUCAGACUAUAGUGUGUUGUAAAUGUUUUCAUUACCAACAAAAGAAAAAAAUAUGUGACAACCCUUGUUUAACUGUCCGGACGACUUAGCUGUAAUGGGUGUAUGUUUUGUUGGCUGGCAACCUAUCUCUUAAUUUUAAGCAAUAAUUAUAGUUUAAUAAACAUUCUUUUGGGGCGCAAAUCUAAUGUCAACUUUUGAUGAACAAAGUGAUGAAAAUAUAACCAACCAUUUAAACCUUAGAAAUAAUAUACCCUAAAAUGGUUAUAAUUUAGAAAACAGCACAUUGGAUUGAAAUGGGAUUGAAAUGUGGGUGUAAAAAAUAAGAUAUAUAUUACUACACGAAUAUUACAUGCAUCGGCCUACCAAUGAUGAAUUUUGUGCUACCAUAGAUACAUAUAAAUUUGUUUUUUUUUUUUUUAAAACCACGUACAUGUACAUUACAAACAGCUUAUUUGUAUUGGAUUAAAACUAUAUGAAAACAGUA